UUAUGUAAUUUUCUAGAAUUGGGGCAUUUCCCUGUUUGAAAGAAUGAAUCUGAGUGCAGCAGUUUUCAUCGUGACAAUAAUUUUGUGUGCGGCAAACUCAGCUCUUAGCAUCAGAUUUCCGGAUCGGAUCCCGGAUUCCGUGGAUGGGGGUUCCGAUCAGCCCCUCAAAACAGCUGUCUUCGCCCUCGGCAGCUUUUGGUGGUCUGAGGCCGCUUUUGGAUGCUUGGACGGCGUCGUACGCACCGCCGCCGUUUAUGCCGGCGGAUCCAAACCUAACCCCGAAUACCGUAGUUUAGGUGAUCACGCCGAGUCUGUGCAGAUAGAAUAUGAUCCCAGGAUUAUUAGUUUCAGACAACUACUUGAUAUCUUUUGGACUAGUCAUGAUUCUAGGCAAGUAUUUGGGCAGGGUCCUGAUGUUGGAAAUCAAUACCGGUCUAUAAUAUUUACGAAUGGAACUGAAGAAUCCAGAUAUGCUGCUCUCAGCAAAGAAAAAGAACAAACAAGGUCAAAGAAUAGUGUUGUUGCCACUCAAAUCCAACAGCUAGGACUAUUUUAUCCAGCAGAGCCUGAACAUCAGAAAUUUGAGCUUAAACGAAACCCGUUUCUUCUUCAAUUAAUUGGCAACUUGGCAGAAGAAGAGCUUGAGAGGUCUAGCCUUGCAACAAAGCUUAAUGGAUAUGCAGCAGAGCUUUGUCCAACUAGGAUGCAAAAGCAGAUUGAUGCCAAGAUCAACGAUAUUGUAAGAAAAGGUUGGCCCAUCUUAAGGGAGAUCUAAUUCGACUUUUGAGUUGAUGCAAAAUCCUACAGGUAAUUUUGUCACUAAUUUAGGCAAAUAUCGACCAGCUUCAGAAUCCUCUUUGUUCAUUAGACCGUUGAUCCAUUUGUUCAAAGCUGAAAAAUAGUCUUCAGCACUGUGAAUAGCAUCAUUUAUCUGCAGCUAAUUCUGGCAUAGUUCCUUUGAUGCUUAAUUUGAGAUUGUUACACCGAUAGUUGCGUUUCUGUUUUUCGCAAGGCUAAUGUAUCACUUGGUAGACUGCUGAUUAAUGAGUAUAUAAUAGCAAGACGCCUUUUCUACUUCAGAUUUUCAUAUUAUGAGUUGUAAUAGUCGUGAAAUUA